AUGUCUCCAAAAAACGAGCUAGCGUUAGGAACAGAAGACUCCGACUCAACAGUAAUUCGCCAAGUAAGCCCUAGUAUCACUACUGUUAGCAUUCCCUUCGCACAGUUGGGACUUCUCAAAACGGGUGGGCGAACUACGAUCGUGCAGCUUCAAUCCGGCUCACUUGCAGUCAUAUCGCCGGUGAGAUUGACGGAUGUUGUGCGUAAUGCGCUCACUGUAACGAGCGGAACAGUCAAAUACAUCAUCGCUCCGAACCUGGAGCAUUAUAUGCAAAUUGGCUCUUGGAAAGCAGAAUUUCCCGGCGCAUGUCUCAUUGUCCCUGAAGGCCUACCCGAAAAAUGCGCCAAAAAACUGGGCUUAGGUCUCGAGAUAUUCGACAUCAUUUACACUGCGUUGGAAAGCCAGAAACACAUCUCGGAAGAAUUUGAUAAUGAAUUUGAUGUACAAUACAUUGAUUCAAUGGACUCUCAUGAAAUUGUCUUAUUCCACAAGCCCACUCAUACUGUCAUUGAAGCGGAUCUUUUAUUUAAUGUACCCGCUGUCGAGCAGUUCUCCAAGUCCGGUCAAUCGCCAACCGCCGGGGUUCUUACAAAGUUGGUUACACCGAUCUUCUCCACUGCGUAUCCUGCGACUUGGCAGAGGCGUCUAGCAUGGUAUAUAUUGGGAGCGAAGGACCGUGUCGCCUUUGCUGCGUCGUUGCAACGAAUAUACAGUUGGGAUUUCAGGCGCAUUAUACCGUGUCAUGGAGAUGUUAUUGAAAAUGAAGCAAAGACUGUAUUCGGCACGAUUUUCGAGUGGUAUCUGAAUGGGGAGAAUAAAUGUCUGUGA